AUGAAGACUGUUACACAGUCUUGUGCAGCUUCAAGGACGUUCAGCCUCCAGGUCGGCGUUGAGGCCACCUCAUCAUGGACACGAAAGACCAAGGCUAUCAAACCAAAGGACCGCGUUCAUUGUGGCAAAACGAAGACGGGCAAGGAGGCAGGUGGGUCCUCGGAGUUCGGUCAAACCCAUUCGCCGGGUAAGAGGAAGCUCCCAGACCAGCUUGACGCGCAGCUCCGCCCGUGCCUGGGCGACCGCCGUCCCACGCUGCUUUGGAGGGAACAUCCAAGUUGUUUCGACAUCGUCAACUUUCCAAUUAGUCACUCUACAGGACCAAUACCACCGAACCCCUUUUUUGGUGACCUCUGCAGCUAUGGCGGAUCGAUAUUCAUUCUCUCUGACAACGUUCUCUCCCAGGGCAUUACGGCCCUCGGUAUCAAAGCUACCAACGGCAUUGUUCUCGCCACCGAAAAGAAGUCGUCCUCGCCUCUCGCCGACCAAAGCUCAGUGUCCAAAAUCAGCAACAUCACACCAAACAUUGGCGCUGUCUAUUCUGGCAUGGGCCCCGACUACCGAGUCCUUGUCGACCGGGCACGCAAAGUUUCUCAUACUGGCUACAAGCGAGUCUACAACGAGUAUCCCCCUACCAGAAUAUUGGUCCAGGAUGUUGCGAGAGUUAUGCAGGAAGCUACGCAGUCAGCCGGUGUUCGACCCUACGGUGUGAGCAUGCUGGUUGCUGGUUGGGAUGAUGGAAUCGAGCCUGAGGACGAGACUCCCGCUGCUGAAGGUGAGGAGAAGAAACCUACGUCCAAAACUGGUGGUAUCCAAAAGGGCGGGCCCAUGCUGUAUCAGGUCGACCCUACGGGUAGCUACUUUCCCUGGAAAGCUACAGCUAUCGGUAAGAGCGCGACCAAGGCAAAGACCUUCCUGGAGAAGAGAUACUCUGAGGAACUGGAGCUAGAGGAUGCAAUUCACAUUGCCCUUUUGACCUUGAAGGAUAAUAUUGAAGGAGAGAUGAACGGUGAUUCCAUCGAGAUUGGUAUUGUUGGUCCUCCUGCUGACCACUUGCUGGGAAUUGAGGGCGUCGAAGGAGCGACGGGUCCUCGGUUCAGAAAGCUCACGCCUCAGGAAAUUGAGGACUAUCUGACGAGUCUAUGA